GAGGCGACGCGGGGCCUGGGGCACCGAGGGCAUCUCGGCUGUGGUUACGGCGAGGACGCGGCUGUUCCUCGGCUCGGGGUCGGGCCUGGGGUCGGGGUGCUGCAGCCAUGUGGAGGGGCUCAGCGAAGGGAAGGAGCGGCGAAGGGCCCCUCUAGCUGGGACGCCGACGGGCAGAAUGCAGAUAGCGUGCAGAGGACGGUAGCGAUGAGGAUGGGGGCAGGAAGGGGGGAGGCGAGGAGAUGAUAAUACACUGUAGCCGUAACAGCUUGGGGGUCGCGUAGGUGAGGUGGCCGGGCAGAGACCCGAGAGGUAAGGCAGGCUUCAGAGAGGGACAUAGACGGACCAAGGGUCAUGUAAAUGGGCAGAGAUGUGAAGUUGCAAUAUGGAGGGGCUGAAGCGGGAAAAGUUUGAGGACAGAGAGAGCAGGUUACACUGAGCUCUGUGAAGUGCCCUGUGCAAGAUCCGGAGGUGUCUGGCCAUAGUGAAGUCACCGAAGGCAUUUCCAGUAGUGACUUCGCACUCCACGAGGAAUGUGGCUUCUCCUUCGAGGUGCAUGCCCCCUCCGGAUCUUGCUGCCACUGCGUGGCGAGUGGAUGGGUCGGAGGGGCCUGCCCAGAAGCAUGGCCCCAGGCCCUCCUCGCAGAAAGUACAGGAAGGAGGCUCUCCCAGCCCUGGAGGUGCCAGUGUUGCCUGUAACCACAACCGAAAUCCGCCAGUAUUUGCGGUCACAUGGAAUCCCCUUCCAGGAUGGCCACAGUUGUUUCCGAGCACCAAGCCCCUUUGUGGCGUCCCCUGAGGUCAAAGAUCAAAAGGGUCCUACCACGUCCUUCACUCUCUUCAUCGACAAGACCACAGGACGCUUUCUCUGUAUGACCAGCCUAGCAGAGGGGAGCUGGGAAGACUUCCAGGCCAGUGUGGAGGGACAAGGGGAUGGGGUCAAAGACGGCUUCCUGCUUAGUGAGGCACCAGAAGCUGAGGACAUUGAAAAGGUGCGGAGGAUCUGGGACCGAGCUAUACCUCUGUGGGAGUUACCUGACCCCAAGGAGGCCCAGCUGGCUCGAGUGAUGUUUGGCCUUACCAAAGUGACAGAUGACACACUCAGAAGGUUCAGCGUUCGGUAUCUUCGAUCUGCUCGAAGUCUGGUCUUCCCUUGGUAUACCCCUGGUGGUACUGGAUUACGUGGCCUGAAGCUAUUAGGGGCUGAAGGCCAGGGGGAUGGUGUGCACUAUGUGGAGACCACCAUUCCCCGGCCUGGUGCCUACCACAACCUGUUUGGAUUACCACUGAUCAGCCAUCGAGAUGCAGAGGUGGUCCUAACAAGUCGUGAGCUGGAUAGUAUGGCCUUGAGCCAGUCUACAGGCCUACCUACCCUUGCCCUACCCCGGGGAACAGUCUGCUUGCCUCCUGCCUUACUGCCUUACCUCGAACAGUUCCGAAGAGUUGUGUUCUGGCUAGGGGAUGACCUUAGAUCCUGGGAAGCUGCUAAACUGUUUGCCAGAAAACUUAACCCCAAGCGAUGCUCCUUGGUAAGGCCUGGAAAUGAGCAGCCCCGGCCCCUGGAGGCCCUGAACCGAGGUUUAAAUCUUUCACGUAUUCUUCGUACUGCCCUCCCUGCUUGGCACAAGUCUAUUGUGUCUUUCCGGCAGCUCCGUGAGGAGGUACUAGGAGAACUGUCAAAUGUGGAGCAAGCAGCUGGGGUCCAUUGGAGCCGCUUCCCAGACCUCAAUCGUCUGUUGAAGGGGCAUCGGAAAGGCGAGUUGACAGUCUUUACAGGGCCAACGGGCAGUGGAAAGACUACAUUUAUCAGUGAAUAUGCCCUGGAUUUGUGUACCCAGGGGGUGAACACACUGUGGGGUAGCUUUGAGAUCAGCAAUGUGAGAUUAGCCCGGGUCAUGCUGACCCAGUUUGCUGUGGCGCGGCUGGAAGAGCAACUUGACAAAUACGAAGAGUGGGCAGACCGCUUUGAGGACCUGCCCCUCUACUUCAUGACUUUCCACGGGCAACAGAGUAUCAGGUCUGUAAUAGACACAAUGCAACAUGCUGUGUACGUUUAUGAUGUUUGUCAUGUGGUCAUCGACAACUUGCAGUUCAUGAUGGGUCAUGAGCAGCUCUCCACAGACAGGAUUGCAGCUCAAGACUACAUUGUGGGGGCCUUUCGGAAGUUUGCAACAGACAACAGUUGCCAUGUGACCCUGGUUAUUCACCCCCGGAAGGAAGAUGAUGACAAGGAAUUGCAAACAGCAUCCAUUUUUGGCUCAGCCAAAGCAAGCCAAGAAGCAGACAACGUUCUGAUCCUGCAGGAUAGGAAGCUGGUGACCGGGCCAGGGAAACGGUAUCUGCAGGUAUCCAAGAACCGCUUUGAUGGUGAUGUUGGUGUCUUCCCACUAGAGUUCAACAAGAGCUCCCUCACCUUCUCCAUCCCACCAAAGACCAAAGCCCGCCUCAAGAAGAUCAAGGAUGAUAGUGGACUAGUGGCCAAAAAGUCCGCCUCCAGCAAAAAGGGGGCUAUGACUCAGAAUUCGGAGACUGGCUUAAGCCAGGACUUCAAUCCCAACCAGCCAGAUACCUCUAAGCCUUCAAGGUGAAGGUAGUGCAUUACUGCUCACUGAAACUUGCCUGAUCGAACAGGCUAGGCACAGACUCUUAAAUCUUCUGAAAGGGCUCCUCUUUCCUGUAGUACUGAGCUAAGGUGCCUUCAGCCUAGGGCUACGUUCCAUAGUGAGAAAAUUCAAGUUAGCAGCUAUUUGAGGAUGCUUUUAUGUGCUGGGUUUUGUUUGAGGUCCCAUAUCCACAGCACUAAAAGGUCAGAUAAGGUCUCUGUUUCCAUAGAACCUGCAUUUUGGUUAAAGAAACAAGACAAGCAGCCAGUAUGGUGGUGCACACCUUUAAUUCCAGCACUCGGUAGGCAGAGGUAGGAGGAUUGCUGUGAGUUCAGGCCACCCUGAGAGUCCAUAGUGAAUUCCAGAUCAGCCUGGGCUAGAGGAAGACCCUACUAUGAAAAACCAGAAAGAAAAAAACAAGAAGAAGAAAUGAGACAAGCAGUGAACAAAUAAGCAUAGUGACGAGUGCUAGAGUGCUCACAGACCAGUUUAGUUACACAGUCUAAAAUGUCUCUGGCGCAGAGCAUCUGCGAGCUGGAAGGAAUGGAUUGUGAUCAUCUGGACAAAGAGAUCCAGGCUGAGAAAAGUAGCAAGCUCUGAAGUGGGAAUGGAUGGGUUCCUUGAACUUGGAGGAGACAUCUUGCUGAAAUUUCAGCCUUUCAGACAUUAAGAGCUAAAUAAAGGGUAGAAUCAGACAUGAGGUGGCAUCUGGUAAAUCAGAUCCUAGGUGCUUAGUCCUGUAAUAUCAGGGUAUCAAAGAUGGGAGCUUUCUCUGGAUUACAUGGCCAGAGGACCAUGGAAAGAAGAUGUGAGCCCAGAGGGCUUGGCACUGGUUUCAUCGUGUUCUGUUUUAGAUGGACGGCUGGAGUUACGACUUUUUAUAGAGCCUUUUCCAGUUUUACUAAACAUGUCAUUGCCUUUG